AUGGUUGCGUUUAUUUACUUCACCGCUAUCUUAUUCACAGUUACUGCAAGUGAUAUCUAUGAUGUGACUAAAUUCGGUGCAGACCAUACUGGAAGCAAACCAUGUACUGAAGCCAUCCAGAGAGCCAUCAACGAAGCUGCAAGGAACUAUGGAGGUAUUGUCUAUUUCCCUCAUGGACAGUACUUGAGUGGGGCCGUUGAAUUGAAGUCCAAUAUUACCCUGGACUUUGCUGAUAAAGUCGUACUCAGAUUUCUGGAUGAUCCCAAGGAGUACCCACCACUGGAGGAAACGAUUCCUAAUGGUAAUAAGAUCACCCUGCCAUUCACACCACUGAUCAGAGCUUUUGGGCACAGUAACAUUACUAUUAGGGGAAAUGCCAUGCUAGAUGGUCAUGGAGAGACCUGGUGGGCAAGAAUGCCUCCGCCAAGUACGAGACCAGUGUUUCUGCAAAUAUUCUGGGUUCGAAACCUACUUCUAGAAGACAUCACUGUGAAGAGUAGUCCCAUGUAUAACGUUAAUCUGAAAAACUGUGAUGAUGUAGUGAUUAAAAGAAUUAAGAUAAGGAACCCUGCAAACUACGUAGAUCCAGGACCGAACACUGAUGGUAUAAACAUCAACUCUUGUAAGCGAGUGCACAUAACAGGUGUCAAUAUUAGUACGGGAGACGACUGCAUAGCACUAGAUUCUAAUAUUGAACGUAACACCAGAAUUCCGACAGUAGACGUACUCAUAGAAAAUAGCCACAUGUAUGCCGGACAUGGAGGAGUCAGCAUAGGAAGUGUCACAGCUGGAGGAUUAAGGAACGUAACAGUAAGGAACUGCAUCUUCAAUGGCACUAAUAGAGGAUUGUUUAUAAAGUCAAGAAGAGGUAGAGGCGGUUUAGUUGAAGACAUUAGCUAUCAUGACAUUACGAUGGUUGAUCUUAGAAAAGAAGGUAUAGCAAUUGCAACGAUUUACAACGGAAGUGACGCGGGUCUUCACAAUAGAGAUUUUCACUGGGAACCGGUUAAUGAAAGAACUCCGUUCAUUAGGAAUAUUGAGUUCAAGAAUAUCCAAGGAGACUCAGUGCUCAACCCCAUUUUCAUUGUUGGUUUACCUGAGUCAUCGAUCAAGAAUAUUACCUUUGCAAAUGUGCAGAUCAAAUCUAAGUUUGACAUUUUCUUAAAUAAUACAAAGAAUAUUGUAAUUAAUGGCAAUGUGCAUUAA